ACAGUUGCGGUACUCCAGAGUAAGAUAUGGCUUUGUAAAUUGUCUGAACACAAGGCGAUAAGUAGCAAAGUGGGAAAGAUGGGGUCCAUGUCGAUACCCUCGGAGAAGCAGGGGCAGCUAGGGGACCUGACCAAGAAGACUCUGCCAGAACUCAGGGAGCUGCUUGACAGACAGGACAAGCUGCUGAAGAAAGAGAAAUUUCUUCAAACUUUACCUGACAAGGGAGUCAAAGUGAAAAUGUUUGCCGAAACUUUGAGAACACUCAUUACUCAGAGGGAAGAAGUGGAUCAGGCAGCUUCAAAGUUAGAAGGUGUGAAAAUAUCAGAUCUUGUACAGAAACAAACCACAAACACACAUAGCGACAAGAAAGUGCAAACUUUUGGGACGAAUCAAGUGCAUCAAAAGGGAGACAUCUCCAAAACUGAAGCUGAUUUGUGUGAAGUGUUGGUCACAAGGAAGAACAUUGAAUUGACGGGAGAUAAUUCCAGUGCUAUGGAUGUUAGUGAGAGACUGAGUGAGGUGUUGGAGAGAGUGACUAUAUCUACUGAUCAGCCUGUAUCUGGCAGAGAGGAUGUAUACGUCAACAGUUAUGAACGUGUCAUCAAAAAGGCAAAUGAACAAACUCCACACAAGAAAACUUUCAAACCAAACAGCACUUUGAAAAUAUCAAAGGUUGAAGAUUUACCAGAAGUGUACAAGUUCAGAUCAAAACAGGGCAACGUAAAGGACAGUCCUACACCAGGAGGGUUAGCUAGGACUGAGAGGAAGACGGAGAGUGCAAUGGACUCCUCAAAUCCCAAGCCCAAGGAAGAGUCUGCAGUGGUACUGCCCGACUACAAGCAUGACAAGAGUGUGCUGAUAUCCGUGGAGGAGUCCCUGCAACUCGUCACACAGCAGAGGGAGCAGCAUGGGGAGCUGAUGAUGAGGCAGGCAACGGAGAGGCUGGCAGGCCGACUCCACAUCCGCCUGGAUGACUACAACCCAGAGGGAACCAACAUGAAUUACCGUGUACCAGCCACUGACACAGACAGUGAUGAUGAACCAGAAAUCGAUGGGUACAAUGAGGACUGAAAGAUGGACAGAUCUGAAAGUGUAAACAACAUUUGCACCUGGACAAGCUGGUCAUCAUGCAACAGUCACAAUGCGUACUUUGUAUUGAGAGGCUUGUUAGUAACAAUGUUGUGUCGGGAGGGACGUUAUUGACAAACGUCUCUGCAUCAUCCAGAGUUUUUGCAACCCCCUGGGCACAUGAAACGUCAUUUGGAGGUCGUGUCAGGUGAAUUUUCGACUCAGCAAAUCUGUAUGGAGGUUUGAGAGUGAAGGAAGCAUAUAUAAUCUGUAUAUAUAUUGAACUAUAAACAAAUGUUCGGCAUGUAUGUAAGUACGGCCUCACAACUAUGUUGUUGUGGAUAUUUUAAAUGCUUUGUUUCUGAACAUGAUGGCAUGUACACUCAAGAGGGAAUGCCAUCAAAGGAGUUGCUGUGUCCACUGUGGCUUUUCAUUUUUUAUUACUUUGGGAUUUAUGGUAGUUAAGUAUUGAAGCCGAAAUACUUUAGAAAGCUGACAAUUUGAUAGGCUCAAGAAUCCACAUCGUUCAUUUAUACGACUGAAAAACAGCAAAGUAUGAGCCAGAUCUUCGUAUAACUAUAGGUAAUAUUGUCUUGGCAUAUAGGAUGCAGUGAUAUCUUCACCUCGGGUUGUCCUGACUGGAUCGUUGAGGAAGGUGUCAUCAGAUCUACAUGUGGAGAACCACAUGGAAACAGACUUGUAUUUAUGUGUGAUGAGGAUGUCAUUGUAUUACCAGGAGUUUCAUGGGUGACACAACCCAAAAUACAGAACUGGUUGCUUAUUGUCACUUGAUGAUGCUCACUGUGAUUCUGGUCCUGCUUCAUCUUCUCAUAAGCAUCGCCAUAGUGAUCAGAAACCCAUCCUAAAAGCAGGGACCAUUAUAAGAUUCCAACUAAGUCAUAAGCAUGUGUUUGUCAGUUGCUUUGUAAUAGUAAAGAUUCCAUGGUUCACAGGCACAAAGCUAUAAAAGCACUGCAGUCCCAUGAUCUAUAGGCUUGUGAUUAAUGUAGCACUCAGAUUGAUUUGUAAAGUGUUUGAGACAAAAGGUGAACAUAUCUUUCCCCAGGAUACCACAGUCCGAGGGACAAGUGCUACUAUAUUUUGAACACAAAUAAAGCAGUAUGUUUUUAUGUU